CUCACCUACUCAAGCCGCUGUUAGUGAAUAUUUCAUCGCCAGAUGUCUCGGAGAGGCCGGGUGUUGUCUAUACGGAGUACAGCCUCAAUCCACGAGGCUAGAGCCCGAUAUCGCCUGGUGACGAAAGAAUUCUAUUCGUGAGGCGAGGUACACCAAACCUUUGUUUGCAUCGGCAACCACCAUAUCAAUACACCAAUCGAGACCUUCAGGAGCCAAAAAUGCCCCUUGGGCUUGAAACUCAAACUCGAGAGUCGAGCUCUGCGAUCCGCACCAUGGCCAAGCAAACCAAUGGAGAGCCCGUCCCACCCCACAAAACCCCACAGUUAGCAGAAUGUCACGGAGAACUUUACACAGACCUAGACCACAGCGUGUGGGAUAUGCUACUCAGCACCGCUACCCAUUACCCAAAAGUAGAUGCAGUAAUCUCCCUCUGGCAGGCCGCAAACCACCUGGACAACCUCGUAGGCAGAAGCAUCAUCAAGGAAACAAAACCAGGAUCGGAAGUAGACAGCUCGGGCCAAGAUGAAAGUCACUUCAGGUGGACAUAUGAGGAGCUCGUCAAAGCCACAGAGCUUGUUGCAGGGCUCCUCCAAAGCAAAGGCUGUGUUGAAGGUGAAAAUCUUGUAGCAUUCCUCUGGAACUCCGCAGAAUGGGUCCUCUUCUUCUGGGUCGCCGCCCGCCUGAAGAUGCCAUUCAUCCCGCUCGACCCCCGCAGCAUGUCAGAAACAGCCGACGAAUACCUCUCUCGAUUGAAACCCUCUGUCGUAAUCGUUCAAGACGAAGUAGCCGCGGAAGCUCUAUCCAUUUUCUCUCCCCUUCUCCAAAAUUCCAAAAUUCUAAUAUCCUGCACAACUUCACCUUCGGUGCAAUGGAGGUCACUCUCUACUCUCAAAUCCAUGGAAGUUCCAGCAGCAAAGCCGUUCGAUGCAGGCGAAAAUCCAGGCAACGAUAUUGCUUUAAUCGUCUUCACAAGUGGUACCACCUCAACACCCAAAGGUUGCCCGCACUCAGCAACAAACAUCCUUUCCGAAUCCGUUGAUUUUGACCCCGACCGCCCCGGCGUCGUGCCCCUCCAAAAAUGGCUCGUCCAAACACCCGUCUCGCACAUCUUCGCCAUAAACAAUUGUCUGCGCGCUUUCCGCUACGGCGGCGUCAUCUACUUCCCCUCUAAGACCUUUGAUAUCUACGCCUCUGUCAAAACCAUCGAAGACCAUAAAUGCACGAGAUUGAGUGCGGUGCCCACCUUGGUUCAGGGGUUGUUGAGCGUGAAAGGCUAUCCGGAGAAGGAGAGGACGGGUUUGCAUUAUAUUUCGCUCGCAGGAACGCUGAUUAAGGAUGAGGAUGUCAGGAUGUGUAAGAAGCUGGGGAGUGAUUUCGUGGUGCAAGUUUAUGGGAUGAGUGAGGGGGCGCCGGUGACGAGUUGGCUCAGGGAUGACCCGCUUUUUGAUGAUGGACACUAUCCAGGAGUAGGCAAAGUCAUCCCCGGAGCCCGAAUCCGAGUCUGUUCUCCCUCGUCAAGAGAAGUUUUGAACCGAGACGUCCCAGGAGAACUUCAUAUCGGCGGAACGUCCGUCAUCUCGGGAUACCUUGACGGCGCAGACUCAGAUGCCUUCUACAAAGAUGAAUAUGGGUGUUGGUUAAAGACUGGAGACCAAGCGAUUAUUGAUGAGAAUGGCGUUGUACAUAUCCUGGGCCGAUAUAAGGAUCUGAUUAUUCGUGGUGGGGAGAACAUCUCCCCUGCCAAGAUUGAGAAGUGUCUGGAGCAGAUUCCGGGACUGUUUACACAAGUCGUCGGCCUCCCUGAUGAAAUUGCAGGCGAGGUUCCGGUUGCUGUUGUACACUCGCUCAUGUCUUCCACCAAGCAAGACAUCAUGAAGCUCGUGGAGCAUCUAGGACCAAACCACAGUCUGGCCGCAAUAAUCACCCUUGAAGAGCUAGGCAUCGAGAAGUACCCCGUUACUUCAGCAGGCAAAGUUCGCAAGAACAUCCUCAAAGAGCUUGUGUGCCAAUACUUCGGCGUCGUUAACGAUAAAGAAAACAAGGAACCACCCUCAACCGACCCAUUGACGCCCCCUUCCUCUAUCCAUGCAGCCGAAGUGGUCGGCUUGGAGCCCCUAAGCCUCCAAGACGAAGAGCUCGCAGAGACAAUCCAACAACUCGUCGACAUCUGGUCAACUCUUGUCAUCAGCGCUCCCGGGAAAUACGAUGCGAUGUUCGACUUUGCAGAUAGCAUCACCCUCCUCCGCUACACUGACAAAGUCUGGAGGACUCUCGGCAAGAAACUAUACUUGCAAGACUUCCUUGUCCACGACACGGUCGAGAAACAAGCCAAACUUCUUCAAACUCGAGAAUCAACCCCACAAGAAGCAUCUGGUGCGAAUAAAGUUACGUUGUCAGCAAGCGAGCUUUCUCGUAGCAAAGAUGGUCCCCCAGGACUUGCAGACAUAGCACAUGUGAACGGUGAUCCGCAAAGAUUUAUCGAGACUCGCCAUGCUACUUCUGCUGUCCUUUCUCCCCUCAAUUUAUCGUGGGAGAAAAACGUCGAGGACAUUAUUCCAAUUAAGGAUAGCUUCUUCGCCAUGGCAGAUGGUCUAAGACCGCAGUCUUUCCGGCACCGAAUGGCCUUCAGCAUCGCGAACAAAUCCCGCCAAAGCAUCCGAAAAGCUCUCGAAAAAGGAUUGGAUUCAAGGCCGUUGUUCCGGACAUUCCUCGUGAAGAUGCCAGAUAACACGCCUAUCCACAUCGUCAUCCGGCCUUCAAAAGCUCUUUACGACAUCUUGAUAACUGAGAGGGAAGGUCUCACCGAGAAGGAUAUAGAAGAUCUGACACUCGACGACAACGCGAAGUCCUUCUCACGCACACAAAUGGUGCAAGUAGUCAUCGCCCACUCUGCCACUGAUCCCGCCAUCAGCACUUUAAUCCUAACAUACAACCACUCUGUCUUCGACGCACUAUCCAUGAUCCCCUGGAUCCGAGACCUUGAUUUGCUCAUCAGCGAUCCAGAGACGAAGCUGCUGGCUUCUACGCCCUUCAAGCUCUUCGCCGACAUGAUGCACAGCCAUGCUGGAAGUAUGCCCGCCACAUUGGACGUCAACUACUUCGUGAACCGCUUCUCAGGCAUCAGCAAAGAGACAAAGGCAUUCUGGCCCCCGCAGCGAGCUCCAGGAUGGCUGAUAGCGAAUGAUGUCGAUUCCCCUGACCUCCCUUCCCGCACUAUUGCAAGAAAUGGUAGAGAGCGUGUCCGCUACCCGCGGGUUGUAACGAAAACCAAGGUUCCACAGAUGGCCACGCUGAAAGAGAAAGGUAUCCAGCCAGUAAUCGUAGUCAAGACUGCGAUUGCUAUUUUCAAUGUAAGGCAAACAGGCCAAGACCACGCGCUCUUCAAUAGCCUCGACACAGGACGCAGCUGGCCCUUCAUGCCAUCCUGGAUCCCGUUGCCUCCCGCAAUGUCGAUCGACGGGCCGACAAUGGAGUGGACGGGCAACAUGAUCCAUGUCCUACGCACCGAGACUGUUGGAGAGUUGUUAGAGAGGAUGACGGAGGAUCAAGAGGAGUUGAGUAAGCAUGCUCAUGCCCCGCUUUUCAGGGUGCUGGAUGGACUGGGCAAGGAGGGACCGUUUGUUCUGCAGGGUUUGUUGAGGCAGUCUUUUAAUUGGGAUAUUAGUUUGCAGUGUUUGGAUUAUGCGAAAUAUGGGAAUGAUUUGACGACGUUGAAGCUCGUUGAGAGAGUUGAUUGGCCGGAUGGAGGAUUUGUCUGGGGGGCGGGCAUGACGGGUCCGGAAGAGCUUUGUGUUCUGGCCACUUGGGAUGAUGCGCAGAUGAGCACGGAAGAGACGGAGGGACACGUUGCCAGCCUCAAUAUGAUAAUUCAGUGGAUGAUUGAACCUGAAAGCUGGGGCAAGUCGGUUGGUGAUAUUUUGCAGGAGAAGUGAUUCUGGUGAUUGAGAUUGUCAGUGGAGAAAUUUGUAUUGCGCGUUGAGAUUCUUGCUCACCUCAUAUACGAUUCUUCAACUUCUUCUCCCCUCCA